AUGUGUUUCUGCAUCUCUUUACAGCCAUUUAGUAAAUGGUGCCGAUUGCGGCCAAAAGAAGCAGAGAAAGUUCCUGAGAGUGCCUGGAAAUUCCUUUUCUACUGUGCAUCAUGGUCCUAUUGCUCGUACCUUCUCUUCUUCACCAAGCACAACUUCUUUCACGAUCCACCCUCUGCCUUCCGUGGUUGGACAUCAGGAGCAGACGUUCCUGCAGAAAUUGCCUUUCUGUAUCUGGUUCAAGGCAGUUUCUACGCACAUUCGACAUACGCAACCCUGUACAUGGAUGCAUGGAGAAAGGACUCUAUUGUCAUGAUUCUGCACCAUUUAGUCACUUUUACCCUAAUACUUUUCUCCUAUGCUUUCCGGUACCACAACAUUGGGAUUCUGGUCCUUUUUCAUCAUGACAUUAAUGACAUAGUAUUAGAAUUUUCCAAACUAAACGUCUACUUCAAAACAAGAGGUGGAACCUACCACAGAGUCAACAGCAUCAUUACAGAUAUUGGAUCUGUCUUAUUUAGUGUGAGCUGGUUCUGGUUCCGACUCUACUGGUUUCCUAUGAAAGUGCUUUAUGUCACAUGUUGUUCCAGCCUUGAGUCUAAUCCAGACAUCCCUUUUUAUUUCUUCUUCAAUGUUCUGCUAUUUGCACUGACACUCAUGAAUAUUUAUUGGUUUCUGGUAAGUACGCAACUUUGUGACAGUUGCUUACACAUCUUGCAGUUAUCUAAUGUCUCAAAACAAAACAUUAAUGUUGCAUGUUUCUAG